AAGGUGGGAGGAGAAAGGCGUGGAGGCGCGGCGGCCGCUCCGCGGGAUGCUGACUGGACCCGGCGGCCCUCCGCUGCACGCCGGGGCUGGGGCAGCACGCUGGGCCGGCGCCCUUCGUCCGGCCGCUGCUCCGGAAUGAGGCCGCGGCGCCCGCGCGGGACGACGCGGCUGCUCCCCCGAGCGGAUCCUAGGAGAGGCCGAAGCCGCCGCGAUGCCGGGGAAGCUGAAGGUGAAAAUCGUGGCCGGUCGCCAUUUGCCGGUGAUGGACCGGGCCAGCGACCUGACGGAUGCCUUCGUGGAGGUAAAAUUUGGUAAUACAACCUUUAAGACAGAUGUGUAUCUCAAGUCACUCAAUCCUCAGUGGAACUCGGAGUGGUUUAAGUUUGAGGUGGAUGAUGAAGAUUUACAAGAUGAACCACUGCAGAUCACAGUUCUUGACCACGAUACAUACAGUGCAAACGAUGCUAUUGGCAAGGUGUACAUUGACAUUGACCCUUUACUGUACAGUGAAGCUGCCACAGUCAUCUCAGGAUGGUUCCCAAUUUAUGACACCAUACAUGGUAUCCGUGGAGAAAUCAAUGUUGUUGUCAAAGUAGACCUUUUCAAUGAUUUAAACAGAUUUAGACAGUCAUCAUGCGGUGUUAAAUUCUUUUGCACAACAUCUAUUCCAAAGUGCUACAGAGCUGUGGUAAUCCAUGGAUUUGUAGAAGAACUUGUGGUUAAUGAAGAUCCCGAAUAUCAAUGGAUUGAUCGAAUUCGUACACCAAGGGCAUCAAAUGAAGCCAGACAGAGACUAAUUUCUUUAAUGUCAGGGGAAUUACAGAGGAAGAUUGGCUUGAAAGUACUUGAGAUGAGAGGAAACGCAGUUGUUGGGUACUUGCAGUGUUUCGAUCUGGAAGGCGAGUCUGGGUUAGUGGUUCGAGCCAUAGGAACUGCGUGUACUCUGGAUAAAUUAAGUAGCCCGGCAGCAUUCCUUCCUGCAUGUAAUUCCCCAUCCAAAGAAAUGAAGGAGACUCCCUUCAAUGAGGACCCCAAUCCCAAUACUCACUCAUCAGGACCCUCAACCCCUCUGAAAAACCAAACCUAUUCCUUUUCACCUUCCAAGUCCUACAGUCGACAGUCCUCUUCUUCUGACACAGAUUUGAGUUUGACACCCAAGACGGCACCUUACCCACAGGGGCCUGGGAUGUACCUGUGUCCUAGCUCCACUCCCCUCUCUUGUGGUUCCCUUCACCUUAAGUCCCGCCUCCUCUCGGAAUCUAGCCUUACCCCUCAUCACUCUAGCCUUGUCAGCCCCGUUCUGAGGAAAAGUGUUUCUUUCAGUGAAGAGCUGUUCCUGGCUGCUUCUGGAAUGGGCAGUGGUAGUGCUGGAAAAGAAGGGGGGCCCUUUAAAGCUCUUUUACGACAACAGACUCAGUCGGCGUUGGAACAGCGGGGAGGAUCGCCUCAUAGGUUCUGUAGAAGGCGGGAGUUCCCCUUCCUCACCUUGACGGCCUUCCCUCCUGGACUUCUUGUGCAUGUGGGUGGUGUUGUCAGUGCACGCUCUGUGAAGCUCUUAGAUCGGAUCCACAACCCUGCCUUUGUCGGAAUUAUGGGUAACACAAGAUCUUACAAACUGCUAGACUGGAAUAGUUUCAAUUCAGAUGAACCAGAAACUCGAGAUGCAUGGUGGGCAGAAAUCAGACAAGAGAUAAAGUCACAUGCUAAAGCCUUAGGCUGCCAUGCUGUAGUGGGCUACAGCGAGUCAACCAGCAUCUGUGAAGAAGUCUGUAUUUUAUCAGCAUCUGGCACAGCGGCUGUACUGAACCCUCGGUUUCUGCAGGAAGGCACCGUGGAGGGCUGUUUGGAACAGAGGAUGGAGGAAAAUCUGCCUGUCGGCUGCGGGUUCUGCCACACACCGUACGAUGAGCUGAGCAUGCCCUUCCCAGCUCACCUCACACACUGCUGCAACUGCAGGAGACAGAGAGUGCCUGACGCUCUCUUUACAACCAUAGACUUGCCCACAGACGCGCUGGUUGUUGGAAAAGGUUGUCUUAUUCAGGCAAGGUUAUGUCGCCUGAAAAAGAAGGCACAGGCAGAAGCCAAUGCCACAGCUAUCAGUAAUCUCCUGCCAUUCAUGGAGUAUGAAGUACACACUCAACUGAUGAACAAGCUCAAACUCAAAGGAAUGAACGCUUUGUUUGGACUAAGAAUUCAGAUUACAGUGGGCGAAAACAUGCUGAUGGGCUUAGCGUCGGCCACAGGGGUCUACUUAGCAGCCUUGCCAACGCCUGGUGGGAUCCAGAUUGCUGGGAAGACCCCUAAUGAUGGCUCUUAUGAGCAGCACAUCUCCCACAUGCAGAAGAAAAUCAAUGACACGAUUGCCAAGAACAAGGAGCUGUAUGAAAUCAACCCCCCGGAGGUAUCUGAAGAGAUGAUAGGAUCACCCAUUCCAGAGCCUAGACAGCGCUCAAGACUUUUAAGAUCACAAUCAGAAAGUUCUGACGAAGUUACAGAGUUAGACCUUUCACACGGGAAAAAAGAUGCUUUUGUUUUAGAGAUCGACGACACUGAUGCCAUGGAAGAUGUGCAUUCCCUCCUUACUGAUGUUCCCCCUCCUUCAGGUUUUUAUAGUUGUAAUACAGAAAUUAUGCCUGGCAUAAAUAAUUGGACAUCAGAAAUACAGAUGUUCACAUCAGUGAGAGUGGUGAGGCUGAGUAGCCUCAACUUGACGAACCAAGCGCUGAAUAAGAACUUCAACGGUCUGUGUGAGAACUUGCUCAAGAGCUUGUAUUUCAAACUCCGGUCCAUGACCCCCUGCUGCCUCUGUCAUGUGAACUUUACAGUGUCUCUGCCUGAAGAUGAGUUAAUCCAGGUCACAGUCACAGCAGUUGCAAUAACUUUUGAUAAAAACCAGGCCUUACAGACCACAAAAACACAUGUUGAAAAGUCGCUACAGAGAGCCUCAACAGAUAAUGAAGACCUGCUGCAGUUCCCGCUGGAGCUCUGCUCAGACUCACUGCCUUCUCAUCCCUUCCCAGCAGCUAAAGAACACCUGGAGAGUGCGAGCUCUAACUCAGGUAUACCAGCUGCACAGAGAGCAGCGUCAGCUGAUUACAGUUCCUUUGCAGACAGAUGCAGCAGCUGGAUAGAGCUCAUUAAACUGAAAGCUCAGACCAUAAGGCGCGGAUCAAUUAAGACAACUGUAACAGUUGAGAAAGCAAGUCCCGUGGGUGAUGGAAAUUUCCGGAAUCGCUCUGUGCCACCUUGUGCAAGUUCCACAGUUGGGGUUGUUAAGAUGACGCCUCUUUCUUUUAUUCCUGGAGCAAAGAUAACUAAAUAUCUCGGCAUCAUUAACAUGUUUUUUAUUAGAGAAACUACUUCUCUCCGUGAGGAAGGAGGAGUCAGUGGUUUUCUCCAUGCUUUUAUUGCUGAAGUGUUUGCCAUGGUAAGAGCGCACGUUGCCGCCCUGGGAGGCAACGCUGUCGUUUCCUACAUUAUGAAGCAGUGUGUCUUCAUGGAGAAUCCGAGCAAGAACCAGGCGCAGUGUCUCAUCAAUGUCAGUGGCGACGCGGUGGUUUUUGUCCGUGAAUCUGACUUGGAAGUCGUAUCAACUCAGCAGCCUGCUGCCAACUGCCAGACAUCAUGUACUGGAGAAGUUACAACCUGAAGACAGGCGCUCAGCUGAAUGAAUUCAUCUGUCUCUAUUGUUUGUCAUCAUCCUCUCAGACCAAAACUCUCAGCGUGGGUCAGAUAAAUGAGGAGGGGCAGGAGGCAGUUUGGUUUAUGUGGACAUCUUGGAGGCUUGAGAAUUUCUAAUCUUGACAUUGUAAUUUAGGUUGAUUUUAAUAAAAUUAUAAUUAAAAAUGAAAUGAGAGAAUUGUCAAGAGACUAGGAUAGGUAGCUUCUGUAACAGAAAACUAAGCAGGAAUCCAGAUUGCUAAUGAGUCCACAGUUGACUUGAAAAUGGAGGAAACUACUGUGUAUUUUCAGAAAAUUACUAUGUGGAUUAUCUUGAAAUGAGGAAUUUGUUGUCUGGGUGGGUAAUGGGCUUAGGCCAUCUUUUAAAUGGAAGAAUGCACAGUGUGUGUCUGCAGAGUUGCCCAGCUGCUUUAAGGAGCUUCCGGGGGAGUGUCUACAUCCAGGAGCAGGGGAUUCCUCAUGACUGGCUGUCCACACUAAGAAGGGAGGGGACCACCUCAUGACUGGCUGUUGCUUCCUGUUUAAUGACUAGAAGAGGCAUGGCUUCAACUGGGGAGAGACCACUGUGAGAUUUGUAGCUAAGUAGUGAAAAUACAGUUGGCCUUGGAAAAACAGGAUUAUUUCCUAAUAAUAUUAUAUCGCACUCUUAGCAAUCUUAGGGGUUGAUGAGGCACACUGUUUGGUAUAGUACAUGGAAAUGAGACUUGAAGAUGCUGUGAAGUGUUGAAUGUAUGUAUUAAUUCUUACCUAUGCCAAGUACCCACUGCUAAUGAAAUAUCAAAUUCCUCCUUUGCCCAAUAAAAUGUCCUUAUAAAAUUUAGGAUUUUAUUCUCUCAGAACGGCAAAUUACUCUAAAGAUGAAGAGUCAUCUUAUUGUUACACAGGUGUCAAUAUUUUUCUGUAUUUUGUUUAUAAUUUUAUUUUUUAAAUAAAAGUUUAUAAUCAGUA